AGUUGUUUGGAGUAACUUGGCCAAGGAUAGAAGUCAUCAGUACUAAAUAUGGCAGCACCAAAGAGAACUCUGUACAUUUCCCCACCUGAUGGAGGGUGGGGUUGGAUGAUUGUGGCUGGCUGUUUCCUUGUCACCAUCUGCACCAGGGCAGUCACAAGAUGUAUCUCCAUUUUUUUUGUGGAAUUCCAGACAUAUUUUGCUCAGGAUUAUGCACAAACAGCAUGGAUCCAUUCCAUUGUAGACUGUGUCACCAUGCUUUGUGCUCCACUUGGGAGUGUCAUCAGUAACCACUUAUCCUGUCAAGUGGGAAUCAUGCUGGGUGGCUUGCUUGCUUCUACUGGUCUCAUCCUGAGUUCAUUUGCCACCAGCCUGAAGCACCUCUACCUCACUCUUGGAGUUCUUACAGGUCUUGGAUUUGCACUUUGCUAUUCUCCAGCCAUAGCCAUGGUGGGCAAGUAUUUUAACAAAAGGAGAGCCCUCGCCUAUGGCAUAGCUAUGUCAGGUAGUGGAAUUGGGACCUUUAUUUUGGCCCCUGUGGUUCAGCUUCUGAUUGAGCAGUUCUCCUGGCGUGGGGCAUUACUCAUUCUUGGAGGCUUUGUUUUGAACCUCUGUGUUUGUGGUGCCUUGAUGCGUCCCAUCACCCUGAAGGAAGACCACAAAAAGCCUCCUGAACAGGACUCUCUCUCCAAAACACCAAAAGGGGACUUACUGCCUUUGUCGCUCUGUUCACCUUUACUGGAAGAAUGUACUCAGCCCUGUUUGUGCUGCUCCCUGAAGCAAGAAUACCACUUCUUACUCAAAGCUGACUUUGUGGUGUUUGCCACAUCCAUCCUGUUCAUGGCUUAUGGCUGCAGCCCUCUCUUUGUGUACCUGGUGCCUUAUGCUCUGAGAGUUGGAGUGAGUCAUCAGCAAGCUGCAUUUCUCAUGUCCAUACUUGGCGUGAUUAACAUUGUUGGCAAUGUUACUUUUGGAUGGCUGACAGAUAGAAGGUGCCUGAAGAACUCCCGAUACAUUUGCUACCUCUUUGCUGUGGGAUUAGAUGGUCUCUGUUACCUCUUCCUUCCAAUGCUCCAAAGUUUCCCUCUGCUCGUGCCUUUCUCUUGCACCUUUGGCUACUUUGAUGGUGCCUAUGUGACCCUGAUCCCUGUAGUAACUGCCGAAGUGGUGGGGACCACCUCCUUGUCAUCAGCUCUCGGUGUGGUGUACUUCCUCCAUGCAGUCCCAUACCUGGUGAGCCCACCCAUUGCAGGAUGGCUGGUCGAUACCACUGGAAGCUACACUGCAGCUUUCCUUCUCUGUGGAUUUUCAAUGAUCUUCAGUUCUAUAUUACUUAGCUUUGCUAGACUUAUAAAAAAGAUGAAAACAUCCCACUUGCAAUCUUCUGACAAAGAGGCUGGCCCUAAACUGCAGCUUUGGCCUAAUGGAACAGUAGCUUAUUCUGUAGCAGGAGAAGUAGACCAAAAGGAUGGGGACUUGAUGACCACUGGAGGACCAAGUUACAACACAUGACCAAUACACAUGAAGCCUGGAACUGUUCAGAGGUGUGAGGACUGGGGCCAUAGUGUAGAUUCAUUCUCUUCCUGAAUCACAAUCUCUCAAGUGAAUGAUUCUCUGUUAUAUUUUUAUAGGGGAAAAGAUAAUGGAUAUAAAAAGGCAAAUGAUAAAGGAAA